AGAGAGGGCGGGGGGAAGGAAGAGGAGGCGGGAUUCGGGAGCUGCGUUGGCUGCGGCCUGGCUCUAAAGGGGCGGCCCCGGCGGGGAGCAGACCCAGAGGCCUCGGCGAUUAUGGACCCGGCCGAGGCGGUACUGCAGGAGAAAGCGCUCAAGUUUAUGUGCUCUAUGCCCAGGUCUCUGUGGCUGGGCUGCUCCAGCCUGGCGGACAGCAUGCCUUCGCUGCGAUGCCUGUAUAACCCAGGGACUGGCGCACUCACAGCUUUCCAGAAUUCCUCAGAGAGAGAAGACUGUAAUAAUGGCGAACCCCCUAGGAAGAUAAUACCAGAGAAGAAUUCACUUAGACAGACUUACAAUAGCUGUGCCAGACUCUGCUUGAACCAAGAAACAGUAUGUCUCACAAGCACCGCUAUGAAGACUGAAAAUUGUGUGGCCAAGACAAAACUUGCCAAUGGCACUUCCAGUAUGAUUGUACCCAAGCAGCGGAAACUCUCAGCAAGCUAUGAGAAGGAAAAGGAACUUUGUGUAAAGUAUUUUGAGCAGUGGUCAGAGUCCGAUCAAGUGGAAUUUGUGGAACAUCUUAUAUCCCAAAUGUGUCACUACCAACAUGGGCACAUAAACUCGUAUCUUAAACCUAUGUUGCAAAGAGAUUUUAUAACUGCUUUACCAGCUCGGGGUUUGGAUCAUAUUGCUGAGAAUAUUCUGUCAUACCUGGAUGCCAAAUCAUUAUGUGCUGCUGAACUUGUGUGCAAGGAGUGGUACCGAGUGACAUCUGAUGGCAUGUUGUGGAAGAAACUCAUCGAGAGAAUGGUCCGGACAGAUUCACUGUGGAGAGGCCUGGCAGAACGAAGAGGCUGGGGACAGUAUUUAUUCAAAAACAAGCCUCCUGAUGGAAAUGCACCUCCUAACUCUUUUUACAGAGCACUUUAUCCUAAAAUUAUACAAGACAUUGAGACAAUAGAAUCUAAUUGGAGAUGUGGAAGACAUAGUUUACAGAGAAUUCACUGCCGGAGUGAAACAAGCAAAGGAGUUUACUGUUUACAGUAUGAUGAUCAGAAAAUAGUAAGCGGCCUUCGAGACAACACAAUCAAGAUAUGGGAUAAAAGCACACUGGAAUGCAAACGAAUUCUCACGGGCCACACGGGUUCUGUCCUGUGUCUCCAGUAUGACGAGAGGGUGAUCAUAACUGGGUCAUCAGAUUCCACAGUCAGAGUGUGGGAUGUGAAUACAGGUGAGAUGCUCAACACACUGAUUCACCAUUGUGAAGCCGUGCUGCACUUGCGUUUCAAUAACGGCAUGAUGGUGACCUGCUCCAAAGAUCGCUCCAUUGCUGUGUGGGACAUGGCGUCCCCAACGGACAUCACCCUCCGGAGGGUGCUGGUUGGGCACCGAGCUGCUGUCAAUGUUGUUGAUUUUGAUGACAAGUACAUUGUUUCUGCAUCUGGGGACAGAACUAUAAAGGUGUGGAACACAAGUACCUGUGAGUUUGUGAGGACUUUAAAUGGACAUAAGCGAGGCAUCGCCUGUUUGCAGUACAGAGACAGGCUGGUAGUGAGCGGCUCAUCUGACAACACUAUCAGAUUGUGGGAUAUAGAAUGUGGUGCGUGUUUACGAGUGUUAGAAGGCCACGAGGAACUGGUGCGCUGUAUUCGCUUUGAUAACAAGAGAAUAGUCAGCGGGGCCUAUGAUGGAAAAAUUAAAGUAUGGGAUCUGGUAGCUGCUUUAGACCCCCGAGCUCCUGCAGGAACGCUUUGUCUGCGGACCCUUGUGGAGCAUUCUGGAAGAGUCUUCCGACUCCAGUUUGAUGAAUUCCAGAUUGUCAGUAGUUCACAUGAUGACACGAUCCUCAUCUGGGACUUCCUAAACGAUCCAGCUGCCCAAGCGGAACCACCUCGUUCCCCUUCUCGAACAUACACCUACAUCUCCAGAUAAAUAUGCAUACACUGGCCUCGUACUUACCCAGGAUUCAUUAAAGUUGCGGUAUUUAACAUAUCUGCCAAUACCAGGAUGAGCGACAACAGUAAAAUCAAACUACUACCCGGUUUCCCGGACUAGCCGAGAGUGGGGCAGUGAGGCUGCUGCUGGGACACAGCUGGUCUGCAGUCGGCCCAGGACAGACUCCUCAGUGCGCCCACCUGCUUCAGUGCUGCUAUUGGAAGACAUUUUUCAUUUGUGAAUGAUUGAACUUUUCAACCUCCCGUCCCUCCUCCUUUACCCUGCACCUGUUUUUGUUUUUGUUUUUUUUUCCAUUUGGUUCCAGACAAAGAUGACUUAUAAAUAUAUUUAGUGUUUUGCCAGAA